CCAAGAACAAAUCUCGAGCUCACGAAUGGGGUGAAACCCCGUUAAAACAAACGAAUGACCCCCACAAGGAUCAAGAGCAUAAGGUGGUAGAAUUAUAAUCCACAUACUCCCUGAGCGAGCAAACAACCAAACUUGUUUCUGGUUCUACGGGAGCCCAACGUGGAAUGGAACAAGAAGCUAUUAUUACUUUAUGAUAUGUUUCUCAAGUUGGAGAUAAAGCAAACUCUUUGAGCCAUUCCUCAAAAAACCAACAAUAAGUUAAAUAAUAAAUAACAAACAGUAAAUAUCACACCUAUUAAUUUCUCAUUUUUUCUUCCAUAAAUUUCCCCUUGUACAACGUACAUACUAAAAUAAAAACAGACAUACGAUAGGGGAUGAUUUCAAGAAAUCCGCCGCCAGAACGUCGCCACGAUAUUGGCGAUUCUAUCAGACGCAUGCGUUCUUCCCUUAACGCGCCGUUAAUUUGGAAAGUUGUCAACAAAUUUCUCAUUCUAUUCUUCAGACAGAACAGCUCUGCUUCGAAUAAAAAUUCCUUGAUUUUUUAAAAUUAAAUCUUUGAAUAUUUAAAAACUUUAGAGGAAACUUAUUAAAGAGAUAUCAAGCGAGCAUCCGUUUUGUAAAUGAAUAUUUAAUUAUACUGAUCGGUAGCUCUGAAGAUUGUAGUUAAUUAUUCAAAAACUGGAAGCUGAGGUCAGUAAAUACCCGUGUAUCAAAAAUAAAAUGGUGUAAAUAUUUUAUUGGAUAGACAAAUAAUGGACAAGUCAAAUACUGAAAGUUCAAGUGUUGCUGUAAGAGAUAGGAUUGGAGUCGACCGCUUUGAAGUAUUGUUGGAUGAUAAACAAAAUAUUUAUUACUGUGGAAAAAUAGUUACUGGAAAGGUUUUUAUUGUUUUAAAUUCGACCACUGAGAUUACAAGUAUAAAAGUUAUAUGUAAGGGAGAAGGACACGUCAAGUUUACAAACCGCUCAGCUGGAUUCAAAAGGAAAUUUUCAUCUCAAGAAGUUUAUUUGCAUGAAGAAAUUGAAUUACUUGAUACAGAAGCCAAAAUACAAAGCGAUGAUUUUUCAUUUAAUAUACAACUGCCAGAUAAAUUACCAUCAAGUUUCGAAGGCCGGUACGGACGCGUACGUUACUCAAUAUGCGCCAGUUUGAAUACAACAAACGAAAAUAUAAAACUAUAUUCCGAUACACUGUCAUUUACAGUGACACCUAUUUUUGAUUUAAAUAAUCAUCCCUUGGCACCGUUACCUAUAAGCGAAAAUACCGCUAAAACUUUUAUGGGACACGCUGAGCCAUUGACUGUGUCAAUAUUCCUUCCGGUACGUGGAUACGUACCAGGUCAAACAAUUCCAUUAAAAGUUAAUUUUCAAAAUUCGUCAAAUAUUGACGUUAAAAAGUUACGCGUUGUUUUAAAAAAGGUUGUUUUGUACCGUUCAAUGGAGAGUGUGCGCAAGCACAAAGAAAUAGUCGUUGAAAUUGAACAACCAAUUGAUAAAAACAAUUGCGUUUACAAUGAAGAGUUUGAUGUACCAGCAAUUCCGCCUUCUGGAACCGUUUGUAACCUCAUCGACGUCGAGUACAAGCUCAAAGUUGAAGCUUUUGCGGAUAUUAAUGAGUGGUACUACAAAAUGUUUUACAAGAAUUUGAAAAUUCGGAUGGACAUUAUAAUUGGUACUGUUCCGCUUAAGAAUUAUGAGGAUCCCGUUGAUUUGAACGAGGAUUUGAAGAAUGCUGAAAAGGUUACUUCAGAUGAUCAGGUUGAUGAAAAUCAGUUGGCUCCUUGUCGACUUAAAUAUCAAAGGAGCCGUAUAUACCGAUCAUCAAAACCCGAUCAGGAUGAAACAGAUGAUGAAAAAGACAAAGAAGCUCAAGAGUUUUCUCCAAUGUACCGCGUUUAUGAGUUCAAAAAUAAUUUGAACGUUCAAGUCCCAUAGACUAUACUUAUAAUCAAAAUAAGAAGAUAAUUAUUGUGAAAUAUAAACUAAGGUACUCGCGGACAAUAAGGCUUAGCUUAGAGAUAUUCGUAAUGAAAAAAAAUUAGAAAAACGGUUAACCCUAAAGGCCAUCCCUGCAACUUCCCGCUAAUUCCGUUAAUACA